AUGAAAAAAGAAAAUGAUCUCGGUAGGAAUUUUUAUAAAGUGGUAGUAAUUGGUUUGCUGAUUGCAAUUUGUGUCAAUACAAACGAUGGAGCCGUCUCGGUAAUGCCAGUAAAGCUUGGAACCAAUGUUGAUAUUGAUUUCGGGAAAGAAGUAAAAGCAGUUCGCAUAGAUGUAAAUGGCGAGCGGAAGCAUAUUGUCGAGGAUGGUGCCUUAACAGAAUUUGGAGCAAAGAAAUUUGGUGGUCGAGCGAAAUUUGUUGAUGGCAAGCUCACUAUUGAUAACCUUCAUCGUGAUGAUAUUAUCGAUUUCUUUUAUGAAACGGAUAAAUAUCCCAUGGCAAUCACUCUUUCUACUGGACAUUGA